CUCUACGCCUCGCGGGCGGGCAGCGCCAUGCACGUCAAUGGCAAGGUGGCUCUGGUCACCGGCGGGGCUCAGGGCAUCGGCCGAGCCUUCGUCCAGGCGCUGCUGGGCAAGGGAGCCAAGGUAGCGCUCCUGGACCGCAACCCCGAGGCCGGGCAGCAGAGCAAGGCGGCCCUGGACGAACAGUUCGAAGCGCAGAGGACGGUGUUCAUCCAGUGCGACGUUACGGAUACGGAGCAACUGAAAGGUGCUUUCAAAAAAGUAAUUGAGCAUUUUGGAAGGCUGGAUAUUGUGGUUAAUAAUGCUGGAGUGAACAAUGAGAAGGACUGGGAAAGCACUAUACAAAUUAACUUGACAUCUGUGAUAAGAGGAACCUACCUUGGUCUAGAAUAUAUGAGAAAAGGAAAUGGAGGUGAUGGAGGAGUAAUCAUUAAUAUCUCAUCAUUGGCAGGACUCAUGCCUGCUGCAUUCCAACCUGUGUACUGUGCUACAAAGCAUGGUGUAAUUGGAUUUACACGCUCAAUAGCAUUAGCUGCUAACAUGGAAAACUAUGGUGUGAGACUCAACACAAUUUGUCCAGGAUUUGUCAACACACCAAUUCUUCAAUCAAUAGAUAAAGAAGAGAAUAUGGGACAAUAUUAUUCAUAUAAGGAUGAGAUAAAAAAUAUGAUGCAGUUCUACGGUGUGAUGGACCCAUCAAUAAUUGCUGAAGGACUGAUAACAAUAAUUGAAGAUGAUACUCUGAAUGGAGAAGUUAUGAAGAUUACAGCAUCCCAAGGGAUUCAUUUUCAAGAAUACAGCCAAACACCUUUUACGUCAAAGAGAUAGAUCAAAUUGUUUAGCUCUAAUUAACUUUUGAUUUUCAAAAUAUAAAAAAAUGUUGGAUAAACUUUUGGAAAAAAAGUUAAUGAUGUAUCUAAAUCAGUGACAGUAUUCCAACAUUCACACCCUAAUUGCAGAGAUGGAGAAAAAAAUCCAAUAUGGGGAAAAUGUUAUCAACUUUUGAUUCCAUAUACACUAAAAUAUUUUAUUCAGUAGAAUAUACACACUGCUAUGAAGAUUUCUGAUUGUAUAGAAAAAAGGGCCAGUUUUUUCCUUCUUGUAGUUCUGUGCAGUUAUCCAUUCUAUGUACUCCAUGCAUAUUUUGGUGGACCUGACUUAGUACAAUUCUUUUCAUAGAAGUAAAUGUAUUGUUAUUUACAUUUUGAAUUCUCCAAACCAAGAAUUCAGUUCAGGAUAAAACUUUAAAAAUUAAGAAUUUACUUUUUCAUGUAUGUACACACAAAAACAGAAUAAGAGGCAAAAUACUUUUUCCUCAUUUAAACAUGCAACUGAAUAUGUAGCAUAUCAUACACAGAAGAACAGAUUUUUUUCCUCUUGGAUUACACCUAUUUAUAAAUUACUUCUAUUCUAAAAUAUUUGUUUUCUUUUUUAUAUAUAAAUAUAUAUAGAUAUGUAUUUUCAGUCUUUGUAUAUACAAGGAUCACUACUUUGGCAUUGAUUGAAAUGUCUGUUUACUCAUUAAAUCUCAUUUUCUGAAUCUUUAAAUCUAAUUUCCUGCCUUAACUGAUUAAAACCUGAAUUAAAUCCUGAGCAACC